GUAAAACAAGGGAGGCUGGCAAGAGGACAAAUUGAGGAAAUUGACAACGGCAGGCCUUGUGGGCAAGAGGCUGUAUAAAGCUCCAAAAUUUGUAAGCUGAUCUUCAGAACUUCCACAUUUGGUUCUUCACUCCUGUAUCCUAGAGCAGAAGACAUCCAGAUUGAACUUUUGCAACCUGCCAUUGAGGACAGUGGAAUUGUGCUUUCAUCACCAGGAGUCAUGAGCAGUUUUUUGGUGUUCACUCUACUUCUGGUACCCAUGCAUGUCAGAGCUACCUGGAGCACCAAGUAUGCAGUAGAUUGUCCUGAGUCCUGUGACAGCAGUGAAUGUAAAAACCCGCUGCAUUGUAAGCGGACUGUGUUGGAUGACUGUGGCUGCUGUAGGGUGUGUGCUGCAGCUCUGGGAGAAACUUGCUACCGGACAGUUGCAGGCAUGGAUGGUGUCAAAUGUGGGCCCGGACUGAAGUGCCAGUUUUUUUCUGAAGAAGAUGAUUUUGGAGAUGAGUUUGGUAUCUGCAAAGAGUGUCCGUAUGGUACUUAUGGGUUAGAUUGCCUAAGAAUUUGCAGCUGUCCCUCUGGCAUAUGUGACAGAGUAACUGGGAAGUGUGUAAAGUUUUCUUUUUUCCAAUUGGCUGCAUCGAAACCUCCCCACCAACGAAAAUUACUGCCACCUGCAGAGAAUGACAUGGGAUCUGGUGAUGGUAAUUCGGUAGAAGAGGAUUUUGUGAAGGAAAAAGACAUUCAUUCUCCAAUCAUGAAAUGGCUAAAUCCUCGCUGAUAUUAGCCUAUGUGGGUUAGAUUUCUAACCCAUGCUUUUUUCCAAUAAAUAAUGAAUGUUCAACAAACCAUUUUAAAAACAGUAGAUUGUUGGCAGAGGAAAUGGUAAUUUUUAAAAAAAAGAUCCAAUUUAUGUAUCUUUGGGAAAAGAUUGAAUUUCAGCAAGAAACUGUGUACAGUGUACAUGAUUUUUAGAACAUCUUUUGAAUACUAAAUGUAUAAUGAAUCUUUGAAUGUAAAAUAUUGUUGGAACUUGCAUAUUGCUGGAACUUACAUAUAUAUAGAAAAACAUAUAUUUCUUAUUUUUAACAUUCUCAAUUCUAUAUGUUCUGUACAAAAUAUUUAUUCAUCAAAGAACUGAAAAUGUAUGGGGAUGAAAAUUAGUAUAUGUACAGUCUAAACUGAAAUCCUAAUUCCACCAGUACAGUAACAAUAAUAUAGAGAACUGAUAGUUGUUAAAUAUGGAACCAGCCUUAAUUCUGAAGAUGAAUAUUAGAAUGCUAUACAUAUUACUUGCCAGAUGUCCCAAUGAACACAGUAGGUUUUCCUUUUGUACUAAGCAUGCAGAGAAUCUGCUUUAUGGCCACGGUCUUACUCAGAGCUAAAACAUAGGCUAAACAAGCUUGUUUACUAUUACCAAUUAGUAAUAGGUAAAUUACCCACACUUAGUUCUUCUGAGUCAGAAAUGCAUAGGUCUCCUGUUCAUCUCUGCAUUACCACUCCUUUGGCUCUGCUAACCUCAAAGAUUAGUUAUCUUCUGUUGAAAUCAAGAAGAUCGUAAAAGCUUUAAAGAUGUCUGGCCUUAACUGGAUUGUAGCCUGUUGUCUUCUUUAUGGGUAAUUUAUUUGUGAAAAUUAAAUGGUGAAGGCUCUGUGUCUCA